AUUUCCGGCACUGAAUUGAAAGCGGGCUGAACCAAGUUUCACUAUGGGGUACGCAAUGUUGUUUUGAACUGGUAGCAGCCCUGUUGAGGGAUAACGGGGAAGCGACUCACGUUUCCGACUGAACGUAGACGAGGUCUGGUUGUCGAUGGAGAGAAACUCCGCCCCCCUUUUCCACAUCCAGCCCCUUCGUCCCCUCCCCCCCGUCCUCGAGAGUGGUCUCGCCCAAGAACUUACGGCCAAAGCCUGUGCCUAUUUUUUCUCCGCGCGUCUUCGUUCUGCAUCCGGGUUAGAGGGCACUGCCAGCUGUGAAGCCGCGGGAGCCCUGUUUAGUGUGGGACCUUUACCCCGCUUCUCUUGUUCUUCCGCCAUGGCCAGUCCGGCUGCCAGUUUGAACGCUGUGAGGGAGACCAUGGACGUCCUGCUUGAAAUAUCAAGAAUAUUAAACACUGGGCUCGAUAUGGAAACCCUUUCUAUUUGUGUAAGACUUUGUGAACAAGGAAUAAACCCAGAGGCAUUGUCUGCUGUGAUUAAGGAACUGCGCAAGGCUACAGAAACUCUGAAGGCAAAUGAAAAUAUGGCAAGUUGACUGUGCGAGAGAAGAGUUUUACAUUGAAACGAAUGCCCACGUAGGAGUCUAUCAAAUGAACAGAAGAUUGUCUCUUGUUUAGUACUAUAGGGCAUGAUUAUUGUUUAUGCUGGUUUCCAUGCAUUUCUAAAGUGUUUGCUGAAAAUGAAAAACUCCUACUAUAGUGUUAUGUUUUUUUAAAAAAAAUUAGUAGCAAGUACUCCAUCAAAACUAUAUUUUUGUUUUUAUUACAUAUAAUGCUGUUAGAAUUUUCUAAUUAUGCAUUUAACAAAUCAGAGUCUUCAUCAUAUUGGUAGUAUUUCAAAAAUGUCAAUCUUUCUUAUAGACGCAAUGCACAUAUAGACCAAUAGAUACUGCACUUCUAUAGUUCUGUUAUUUCACUUUAACUGCCAAGAAAUUCUAGGGUUUGUAGUUUAGUGAGGUUCAAGAGCUCACUGGCUGAUAAUUUUGUAUGUCCUUUCCAGGACUACAAAUCCCAGAUUUGCAUAGGGAGCUUCCCUGGCAGUUAAAGUGGAAUAAUACGCUGUAACAGUGUAGUGAGUUUGGUCUCUAAAAGCAUGCUGAGUCAUAACUUUUAGAGGAUUCUGUCUUUAUACUGGGAAAAAAAUCAGUGAAAGGGUUAGGUGAGAAGAAAUUUUUAUUUAUGUAUAUACAAUUUAGCACAUAGUUUAAGUAAGAAUGUCCAUAUAUUGUUUAAAUCUUCCCCAUGCUAUAAUUCAAAGUUGGAUUGCUGUCUCAGUAAACCUAAAAAAACAGCUUUCUAUCCUGUGAAGAAAGUUGCUAUUUGAAAAGAGAUUGUGUUGUCGAAGGCUUUCAUGGCCGGGAUCACAGGGUUGUUGUAUGUUUUCCUGGCUGUAUGGCCAUGUUCUAGAAGUAUUCUCUCCUAUCCUUCUAGAACAUGGCCAUACAGCCCAGAAAACAUACAACAACCCUGAAAAGGGAUUGUUUAUUUAAAAUAUAUUCAUGUUGUAUGUGCACAGUAUCCUGUAAAUAUGUAAAGAAGCUUAUCUGUGAGGCAAUAUUGUGCAAUAUGGAAUGCUAUAGUUAAGUACUCAUCUUGAUUUCAGUGGAAGUAUUAAGCAUUUAUUCCUUCUGUUGACAUUAAUGUUAACCAAAAGUGCUCAUGUUUGGCUGGAUCAUGAUUUGUAUACCUUAUUAUUGUGUCUUGUUACCUGCUGUUAAAGACUGUCCAAAGAAUAAUAGAACUUUAUUACCGAGUUCAUGAGAAAGGUUAUCAAACUUUAGUUGAGGUAGAUCAAAUUACGUUUUUUAUUUAUGGACAAUCUUGAUCUUUCAGUGUCACAGUGGAGUGUUCAUUUCAUGACAGAGAGAAGGUUGCCCAUAAAUCAGAGACAGAGACUGUGUGAACUGUUCUGGUCGUAAUCAUUACAAGAACAUUUUUAUGUGUUAUACUUGCUUCAAGGAUUGCCUACACAUUUUUCCUCCAUUGUUCCUUUUUGUAUUUCUGUCUUUCAUGCUAUUUUUGUACCGUCCUUCUUGAAAUUUGUAUCAGUAACAUGACUUCUUUUAUUAUUAAGGUUCCUUUAUAAGAAAUAAAACUAUUAUACAGCUG